AUGGGUAAGGCAAGCAACACCUCGGAAAGGACAAGCACUCCUGUUACCGAAAGUGAAGGCUCGAGUGAUUGGCUGGUGUCUGAUGCGGGUGAAGACAAGAAGUUCUCCUAUUCUUUCGGCCUCAUAGCCUCCUGCUUGGGUUGUGUUCUUGGCACUGGAAAUAUUUGGCGAUUUCCUCGAAUUGUAGCCACAGCUAUCUACAUGACAUCAAGUAUGAACAUUAAAUGUCUCAAUCUUGCCUAUUUCAGUGCCUACUUUUCAGUAGUAGUUGGCUGGUGCUUCUACUACUUCUACGUUGCUUGUGCAUGGUCAAAUUUGCCUUCCACCGAACCGGAGAGUAAAGAAAUUUUUGAGAGUUUCAUUGGCACCUACUGGCCACUUGGAUUGCACACUCUUGAUUUACUCAUCUGUGGAGUGGCUGUUUUCAAGGGUGUGAAGGGAAUUGAAAUUGCCAACAGUUGUAUGGUGCCUAUUCAACUCAUCAUCGUUAUCUCCACCUUCUACUGGUCUUUGUCUCGUGAAUAUGCUGAUGUGGGCAUUAAAUUUAUGUUUUCACCUGAUUGGUCAAUGUUUGCCAACCCUCAAGUCUAUGUUGAAGCAGCGUGUCAAAACGCGUUCGACACUGCGGCUGGAAUGGGUCUGUUCUCAGCCUAUGCUGCCUACUUCACACGCGAAACUGGAGCGGUGCGAUUUGGUACCCUCCUUCCAAUGGUUAACAACCUCGUUAGUCUCGUCUGUGGUUUGAUGAUCUUUUCCACAGUCUUCUCCACACUUAUUCAAACCCAACCAACUCUAACAAUUCCUCAAAUUGUCACAAUCAUGAAGGAGAGUGGUCCAGGUAGUACAGGUCUUACAUUCACCUGGAUUCCUGUACUCAUGUCAAGACUGGGAGUUGCAGGUCGUGUUCUUUGUGCCCUCUUUUUCCUCUGUCUCUCCUUCGCUGGAGUGACCUCCAUGAUCGGCUAUAUUGAGCUUACGGCUCGCACUAUUCAAGACUUUGGAGUGAAACGUCAUUUGGCCACGAUAGCUGCCCUCAUUGUCAGCUUCCUUGUCGGUGUUCCCUCGGCGCUCAGCAUUGAUGUUCUGCAGAAUCAGGAUUUUGUUUGGGGAUUUGCUCUUAUGAUAUCUGGCAUGUGCUACUGUGCUCUUGUCAUUCGUUACAAUCCUGUCAAGUACCGACGCGUGAUCGUCAAUGACUUUGGUCUCAAGGACUGGAAGCUACCGUUCAUUUGGGUCAUUCUCAUUGUGUAUGUUCUCGCCUUGCGUAUUUCCAUCCCUGACUACUUUCUUCCUCCCUCCGCGCGUCUUUGGUUCAUUCUGUUUAUACUCCUGGGUGGAUUGAAUAUUGUUGUCUAUUGCUGCAAAUGGGAUUUGUUGAAGGACUCCUCCACUCAGGGUUACGAUCCCUAUCGUCUGGAGGAAGCCUACGCGCAAAAUGACCUCUCAAAAGACCCGUCAUCCGUCUUUGAGGAGGAUGGUGAGGAGGGAUUUCAUGCAAAGAGUGAAAUGUUCUAA